AUGCUGCCCCGAUUUGAUCGGGAUUCAAUUGAUGUUCUAUUCGCGUGGCUGUCUUUGUCGCCAUCGCGCAAGAUCGACUUAGCCUGUCGACAACAGGCACCAGAGCAAGGCAACCCUGCGGGCAGCCGCAGCGAGCUGUACCAGCUCUUGCAGCAGCGGGAGCAUGUGCUAAAACGACCAGAUAUGUACAUUGGUCCGGUAGAGCCACGGAACGAGACGGCCUGGAUCGUGAAGGGUCGAAAGAUUAUGGAGAAAUCCUUGCUGCUCUCCCCCGGCCUGGCCUGGCACUUAGUUUUCCUUCCGCUGGCGGAUGGCAUGGCAGCAAUGGAACCUCCCCACAAGAAGGUUCGUAGCUUGAAGAUCGAGACAGUGGCGGUGCAUGGGGGUGACCAGCAUGACCCAGGUCAUGGCGCUAUCUUUCCACCCAUCACCACGGCGACCAGCUUCGUUCAGCCCAACCUGGGAGAGGAAGGGCGCUUCGCAUAUUCCAGGUGCGGAAAUCCGACGAGGAACGCCUACGAAACAGCCAUCGCUGAGUUGGAGGGCGGCUGCUGGGCCACCGCCACUGCGUCAGGCAUGGCCGCAACGGCCCUGGCUCUGGAAUUGCUACAACCUCAAAGCCAUGUCUUGGCGAUGAGGGGUCUCUAUGGAGGAACGCUUCGCUUGUUUGAGAAGGUUCGGACUAGCUCCCAACACUUAAGCUUCACAUACCUGGACCUCAACGAUCUGAAGGAUGUUUGCUCCAAGAUCCAGGAGAACACUCGCAUGAUCUGGGUGGAGAGCCCAACGAAUCCCUUGCUGACCUUGGUGGACAUCGCACAGCUGGUUGAAGCUGUCCGUUCGGCCCAGGAUCCAAAGAAGCCGCCCAUUCUGAUCUGUGCAGACAACACCUUUGCAACUGCCUGGAAUCAACAGCCCCUGAAGUUGGGCGUAGACAUUGUGAUGAUUUCGGCCAGCAAAUACAUUGGGGGCCACUCCGACAUGACCGGCGGUGCCUUGGUGGUGGGCAACCAGGACCUGGCUCAGAGGCUCAACGCCUUGGCCAAAAGCGUGGGUGCCAUCGCGAGUCCCUUUGAGGCAUAUUUGGCCUUGCGCGGAAUGAAGACGCUGGCAGUUCGCAUGGAGAGGCAGUGUAGCAACGCGCAGAAGGUUGCUGAAUUCCUGGUGAAGCACGAAAAUGUGACGGAGGUGCAUUAUCCGGGUCUCUCCAGCCAUCCGCAGCACGCGCUGUGCCGGAGGCAGAUGAAAAGCGGUGGUGCUGUGGUCACCGUGCGCUUGAAAGGGAAAGAUGGAAGCGAUGAUUUGGAGGUCAUGCGCAGGUUUUUCAGUCGCCUGAAAAUUUGGGUGCUCGCUGAAUCCUUGGGAGGCGUUGAAAGCAUGAUCAACCACAGCGCCAGCAUGUCCCAUGGUUCGAUGACCAAGGAGGAGCGUGCGGAGGUGGGCGUCUAUGAUACCACCUUGCGGCUCAGCGUUGGCAUCGAGGACGUCUCCGAUCUCCUAGAGGACCUGUCGCAAGUCCAGAUCUACAACGAGAUUUUGGUCAACGCCAUAGAUCGACAAUUUCACAGUUCUUUGUCAGAGAUUCGUAUUGACGUGGAUGCCAAGACCAGCGAGAUCAGCGUCUGGAACGAUGGCGGCGCCAUCCCGGUGGAGAUCCACCAGUCUGGACUCUAUGCAAGGGGGCCCCAGGUGCCCAGCAUGGUCUUUGGUGAGUUCAUGAGCGGUGAAAACUUCAACGACACCGGGAUCCGCUUCACGGGCAGGCGAAAUGGCAUUGGCGCCAAAGCCACCAACGUCUUUAGCACGUCCUUCGAGGUCACAGUGGAUGACCCUGGGACCCAACAACGCUUCUACCAACGCUGGGAGGAUAACAUGGCGAUCCAAUUUCCACACGAGCUCUCACCUCUUCCGCCGGAGGUCCAACGAGGUUCAGUGAAGGUCACCUUCAAGCCCGACUUGCCGCUCUUUGGCUUGAUCAAAAUCGACGCGGCACACCUGUCGAUGAUGCGUUCACGCGCCUUUGAUGCUGCUGCCUGUACCAGUUCCAACGUGCAGGUGACCUUCAACAAUGAAACACUCACGGUGCAAGGCUUUCAGGAGUUCUCUAAGAUGACGCUGGGAAAUCAUGUGGCAGUUGAAGAGGUUCGGGAUCAGCAGGGCCGUGUGAGGGCCGAGGUGGCCGUGGCCUUCGCCGAGCAGAGCGGCUUUGCGGCGCUGGGCUUUGUGAAUGGCAUCCGCUGCAGCUACGGGACGCACGUGAAACUCGUGACGGACCAGAUCACUGAUCGCAUCGCCGAGAUGGUCGCCCAACAAGGUACUUCGCGGCCCUCGGAUGCAACAGUGAGACAGUAUUUGCGCAUCAUCGUCAAAGUCUUGGUGGAUAACCCUGAUUUCGAUUCGCAAACCAAGACACGACUCACCACCACCACGCACAAGUUGGGUUUUGACUUCAUCUUGUCCAGCGAGUUCAUCGAGACGGUGGCGGAGCUGGGUGUGUUGGACGCUGCCAUCAAAGCCAUGGAGGCCACCCGGCUCCGCAGCAUGCAGAAAGGCACGUUGAUAUUGACAGAGGGCGAUUCUGCCAAGGCCCUUGCGGUGGCCGGGCUCGCCAAAGUGGGUCGGGAGAACUUUGGUGCGUUUCCUUUGAAAGGAAAGCUGUUGAACGUGCGUGGCGCCAACGAUAAGCAGAUCCAGUCCAACACGGAGAUCAAGCAUCUGAUGCACAUCUUGGGUUUGCGUUGGGGUCAAGAAUUUGAAAAUGCCGAAGAGGUGGCCGACCUUCGGUAUCAGCGUGUCAUGAUCUUUGCCGAUCAAGACUUGGAUGGGCACCACAUUGCAGGUCUGGUGAUCAAUCUUUUGGCCACGCUUUGGCCUAGCUUGUUGAAGGUGCAGCCCAACUUCUUGCAGCGCUUCGCCACUCCAUUGGUGAAGGUCUUUCCAAAAUCGUCCACAUCGGACACCACGUGGCCGGACCAGGAGUUCUUCUCUCAAGGCGACUUUGACGCCUGGCAGCGCGACGAAGGGGCAGACUGGACGAAACACUACCGUGCGAAGUACUACAAGGGCCUAGGCACUUCCACUCGAGCAGAGGCCUUGCAGUAUUUCCAAGCGAUGGACAAGCAUGUCAUCCAGGUGGAGUUCGAAGGAGCCAAGGACAUGGAAGCCCUGGAGAAAGCCUUUGAGCCCAAUCGAACCGAUGAUCGAAAGGAGUGGAUCAAGGACUAUGAUCCCACCGAGGAGUUGGACUACUCCCAAGAUGCCACAAACUUUGAGGACUUCUUUGAUAAGUCGUUCCUCCAUUUCAGCGCUUAUGACAACGUCCGUUCCAUUCCAAAGCUGAUGGAUGGGCUGAAGCCUUCGCAGCGCAAAGUGCUGUACUGGGCCAUACGACAACUCAAAACCGAGAAGAAGGUCUCCCAAAUCACCGGCCUGGUCUCGUCGGCAACCAGCUACCACCACGGUGAGCAGUCUUUGGUGAAGGCGCAAGACUUCGUUGGCACCAACAACCUGAACCUCUUUGAGCCCAUCGGUAUGUUCGGCACCCGUCUCCAUGGGCGCGAUGUCCACGCCAGCGCGCGGUACAUCAACACCAAGCUGUCGCCGUUGGUUCCUUACAUCUUUCUGAAGGAAGACUUGGAUUUAUUGCCCCCACAGCUUGAGGAGGGAAACGAAAUUGAGCCGUGCAUGCUUUUGCCCAUUUUUCCGUUGGUGCUGGUGAACGGCUUCAUUGGCAUCGGCACCGGCUGGGCUACCCAAGGGCCCAACUUUGAUGCACUGCAGGUGGUAGAUCGGCUCAUGUCACUGAUUCAGGGGGAGCAAAGCGAUGCAAAGCUCAUACCCAGCUACCGGGGCUUCCAGGGGAGCGUUACAGACAUCAACGGAAGAUGGGUUUCAAAGGGCAAUUGGCAGAUCUUGGAGGGCGAGGGCAUCGAUGAAGAUCUACUCAUCGUGGAGAUCACAGAGCUGCCGGUGAAGGCCUGGACAGAUGACUACAUCCAGGAAUUGGAAAAGAAGGCCGAAAAAUCGCGCAUCUCCAUGAAUGUCUUCAAGUGCAGGGACCACGAUGACCAGAAUGUUCAUCUUCUUUUGAACCUUGAUCCGGAGCAGUUUGCUGUGCACAAUCGUGAGCAGGCACUGCGGCGAUUCUUGCGCCUGGAGAAAUCCGUUGUCUCCCUCAUGUGGCUCUUUACCGAGGCAGAAGAUCAGAGUCAAUCGCUGCAGUUUUUCCAGGACGCCGAAAUGGUGCUUGAGGCCUUCUAUCGUGCACGUCGCCCUUUUUACGCACAGCGGAAGGAGCGCAUGAUACAACAGAUAUCUCACCAGGUUCAACGGCUGGAGAACCAGUUGCGGUGCAUUCAGAUGUAUCAGAAGGGGGUCCUGGAACCGACGGUCUGUUUCUUGGAGGACCAGGGCUUCGCGCGGAUGGAGAGGUCGCGGUCUUCACUGCCAAGGGAGGGGGAGUCGUCCCAGAUGGAGGACGAUCGGGGCUUCAAAUAUCUGUUAGACAUGCCCAUCCAGCGUUUCUCCGUCUCCGGGGCUCAGAAGUUUGAAGAAAAACUUCAACAGGCGCAGAGGGAGCUCGAGCGAUUGCAGGGCUUGGACAUUGAUGAGUUGUGGCUCCAGGAUUUACAGAGCUUCCGAGAGCAGUACCUCAAGGUAAAAGGUGAGACAACGAUGCAUACACCGGCGUUGAGCGACGAAGACCUUGACGCGGCCCUGAAUCGCUUCAGUAAGGAGAGACGAAGGUGGCUGACUCGAGUGGACGUUUCUGACGAGGUGUUCAACGUCGCGAUAUUGUCCAAGCUGACCAGACCAGAGCUGAAGGACCGCGCCGAACAGCUAGGUUUGGACAUCCGGGGCAAGCUAAACAAACAGGACAUCAUCGAUACCUUGUUGACGUACAGCGUCAUUGGUUUCAAGGAGAGGAACUGGCAGAAACUGACCGUUCCGGAUCUUAAGGCACACCUGCAGAUCCGCGGGCUCUCAGAGGUGGGUAACCGCCAGUCGCUGAUCAACCGCUUGUGUGGUUCAAGGACGCCUCCCAUAAGAUUCAGAAAGCUUGCUCCCGAGAUGAAGGAGGAGUUUCGCUACAUGGGCCUCUCAACCGCUGGGGUCGUUUCGGAGUUGGAAGAGC